AUGCGUUGUGUAUUCAAAUUCAUUGCGUUCAUCAUUGUAUUCGUCGUAUUCAUUGUGAGCGAUGUACAGUCACGUGGAGGACGUCGCGGGGGAAAGGGCAAAGGAAAAAGCAAUCUACAAUUCGCGCAAGUUGCCGAAUUCUCAUUGAUUCAAACGCAUCUCGCUGAUAAUCAUAGUGCACAUAUUGUGACUGGUUCACAUUUCAGUCAAACAUUUCGACUUGGUUAUAAACUCGUACUGAUUUGUAAGGCAAGAGGUGAUCCUCGACCAACAAUUAAAUGGUAUAAAGAGGGUGCUGAAAUGCAUCCGAAAAAUAAUGUUCAUUAUUAUGAAAAACAAAUCGACGAAUAUGUGUUAUGGAGUAAGUUGGAAGUUGAUCCAGCAACGAUGGGCGAUCAAGGCGUUUACGCGUGUGUCGCUAAUAAUGAAUUGGGAGUUAUGGCGAAAAACUUCAAAGCUGAAUAUACUUAUUGA